CCCUCAUUUGAACUACUGUGUUUAACAACUCUCCAUUCUAUUCCACUUGUGGAAAUCAACAAAGCUUAACUUAAGUCAUGGCAGCUGCUUCUCCUAUGGCAAGCCAGCUCAAGUCCAGCUUCACUAGACCUUUGGUCACACCUAAGGGACUAUGUGGCUCUUCUCCACUCCAUCAUUUUCCUUCCAGAAGGCAAUUUAACUUCACUGUCAAAGCCAUUCAAUCUGAAAAGCCCACAUAUCAAGUGAUUCAACCAAUCAACGGUGACCCAUUCAUUGGAAGCCUUGAAACUCCAGUCACAUCAAGCCCACUCGUCGCAUGGUACCUUUCCAACCUACCAGCCUAUAGAACUGCAGUAAAUCCGCUUCUUAGAGGAAUUGAAGUGGGCUUGGCCCACGGUUUCUUUCUCGUAGGCCCAUUUGUGAAAGCCGGACCUCUAAGGAACACUCCUUACGCUGGAGGAGCGGGCUCUCUUGCAGCUGCUGGGCUUGUUGUUAUCCUUAGCAUUUGCCUUACAAUUUAUGGGGUUUCAUCAUUCAACGAAGGGGAUGCAUCCACUGCACCAUCUUUGACCUUAACGGGCCGUAAGAAGCAGCCCGAUCAGCUCCAAACAGCUGAUGGUUGGGCCAAGUUCACUGGUGGGUUUUUCUUUGGAGGCAUUUCUGGUGUUACUUGGGCUUUUUUCCUUCUUUAUGUUUUGGAUCUUCCAUACUUCGUCAAGUGAAUAACUUAACUCUCUUUUUUAGUUUCUUUCUUCUAUUGCUUUUGUGUGCAAGUGAGAUGGAUAUGUAUAUGCUGUAUUUUAUGAAUCUCACUUUAUUAUUAUUAUUACAAUAUUAAAUGUUAAAUACUCUCUUCCUUUUUUA